UUUAAAUAUGUCAUUUACAAACAACACAAUCACAUUUCCUGAGCUCAUCAGACUAAAACGAGAUGGUGGUGAAUUCAGUGACGAAGACAUAAAAGUCUUUGUGCAAGGGGUCAAAUCGAGAACCAUCCAGGACAGUCAAAUAGGGGCUAUGCUCAUGGCUAUUUGGCUAAAGGGUAUGUCUAAAGAAGAAACCCUGCGACUGACAAGAGAGAUGAUGAAAUCUGGGGAAGUGUUCGUCUGGCCGGAUGAAUGGCUUGUGGUGGACAAACACUCAACAGGUGGAGUUGGAGACAAAGUCAGUCUGCCACUUGCACCUGCCUUGGCUGCGUGUGGCUGCAAAGUGCCUAUGAUAAGUGGUAGAGGACUGGCGCAUACAGGUGGCACGCUGGACAAGCUGGAGUCUAUCCCUGGGUUUAAAGUCAACCAGUCUGUUGAACAGAUCAAGCAGAUCCUGCAGGACAUUGGCUGUUGUAUUGUGGGACAGACAGAGAGUCUGGUGCCAGCAGAUCGUGUUCUCUAUGCCCUCAGAGAUGCCACAUCAACUGUUGAUAGUCUUCCUCUCAUUACAGGCUCCAUUAUUUCUAAGAAAGGAGCAGAGGGUCUGAAAGCGCUCAUAUUAGAUGUGAAGUUUGGCAGGGCAGCUUUGUAUAAAGAUCUGGACAGCGCACACCAUCUCGCCCGGUCACUGGUUACUGCAGGUAACAACCUGGGCGUAAAAACAGGGGCGGUGCUUAGCCGAAUGGAUGCUCCGAUUGGUCGGUGUGUGGGAAAUGCGGUUGAGGUGUGUGAAGCCCUCGAUUGUCUCAAAGGACGGGGGCCGGAUGAUCUAAAUGAACUAGUUUCAACUUUAGGGGGAUAUUUAUUAUGGAUGAGCAGCCACUCCCCAUCACUAGAGAACGGGAAAAAUGAAAUCAUUCAGAAACUGAUGAACGGAGAAGCCCUGAAAAAGUUUGAGGACAUGUUGGUGGCCCAGGGUGUGUCUGCAGACGUCGCCUGCUCCCUGUGUGCAGAUGGCGCAGACUACUUCCAGCACAUGAAGCAGGCGACACAUCAGACGGAGCUUAAGUCGCAACACGAUGGAACGGUUUUGGAGAUUGAUGGCUUGGUCCUGGCUAAAGUGCUGCAUAGGUUAGGGGCCGGACGUAAUAAAUUGGAUGAGAAAAUUGAUCAUAGCGUGGGGGCAGAGCUUUUGGUAGACAUGGGACAGCAGGUAACAAAAGGUCAAUCCUGGAUCAAAAUUCAUCACAACAGCCCAGAGCUCAGCGCACACCAACAUUCAGACCUCCAGAAAGCUUUGGUUAUUCACAGCUGCGACAAAUUCAAGAAAGAGUCACGUGUAGCGCAAUUUAUCCACCCUAAUAUGUCACAAUGAAUCCUCGUUUUUUAAUUGUGCACUUAAACAAAAAUGUCAUAUUGUUUGUGAACAGUUUGAGUUAAGUUAACAUGAUACAUGACUUAUCAACAGGCCUGACACUACAAACUAAAGAUCAUUGAACUUUGAGCUAAACGUAUUUGCUUACCAGUGGAGUCUGAAAUAUUACUGUAACCCACAGCUGCUCAGUCCUGUCCUGAAACUCCUUCAACGUUUCGAUGUCAUUCUAAUCACCUGAACCAGAUUGGAAAUUGCAGCCAGGUGUGUUGGAGCAGGGCUGAAAAUAAACUGCAGAAAUGUGGCUAUCCGGAAAAAUAAGUACUAAAUAAAUAAACAAACAAAAAAGACAUCAGCCACUUCAAAAA